AUGAAAAACAAUACCAGAGGACUUCCAGCAAAUUUAAAUAUUAGUUGCACUGCAAAUAGGAAAUAUACGAUAGAGAGAGUAGAACAAGUCGAAUAUCUAGGAGUAACGCUAACGUGUAAGGGCGAUGAAGAAAAGGAAAUAGAAAAAAGGUUAGCGAAAGGAAGUGUACCAAGCAAUAUUAAGGCCUACAGUUAUUUAUGCAUGCGAGACGUGGACAAUGAGAAAAAAAGAGGAAAGCAAGCUAGAAGUCUGGGAACGAAAAUUUUUGGAGGAAUUAAAGUCCAAAACGAAUUCAGGAGAAGAACAAAUAAAGAAAUAGAGGAGCUGUAUAAAAACCCAAACAUUGUUCAGGUGGUCAAAAUGCAAAGAGCUAGAUGGUUGGGGCACAUAGCGAGGAUGUCCGGCGAAAGGUGGGUUAAAAGAAUACUGAUACAAGGUGAAGGAGGAAAGAGAAGAAGAGGGCGACCGAGAAAAAGAUGGCUGGAGGAAGUGACAAAAGACGUGAGGGAUGUAGGUGUCAGGGAUUGGAAGGAAGAGGCCCUGGAUCGAAAAAGAUGGGAAAGAAGAGUGAAAGAUCUCAUAGCCAAGGGCCGUUAG